UUGAACAGCUGAACCUGUGCCAUUUGAGUGUGACAAAACAACGAGACUGGGCAGAACCAGUCGUGCAGACACACACACAGCGGUGUUUUAUAACCCACUCAGCCGGGCUGUGUUCAUCCCACAAACCGAGAAAUCCCCAGAAACUAAGAGCAAACGAGCUUGAAGAUUGAUUGAAGACCCUGUAGUUUACAAAUGGAACAAAAAGGUUAGUCAGGGAUACACUAGCGACUGACGGAUAACUGGAGUGCAGCCAACAAACCCAGUUAGACUCUGCAGCCAUCAGUUCUGAAAUAAGAAUGGCGAUAUCGAAUUGCUGUGUGCUAAUGUUGUUCUGGGUUUGCCUGCCGGAGCCCAGCCAGAUGUCCCCACUAUCAGAAAGGACUGCUAAACAGCAACAGGAUGGCGUGUCAAGGAAGCCUUCAGGUGACAAGCUUUCUGUGUUGCACCGGUCCAAGCGUGGCUGGAUGUGGAAUCAGUUCUUUUUGUUGGAGGAAUAUACAGGGGCAGAGCCGCAGUACGUGGGGAAGCUUCACUCUGACGUCGAUAAGGGAGAUGGCACUCUUAAAUACAUUCUGUCAGGUGAUGGGGCUGGUACAGUAUUUACUAUUGAUGAGAACACUGGGGACAUACACGCCUUAAAGAAAAUGGACCGGGAGGAAAAAUCUUUUUAUACAUUGCGUGCCCAAGCCAUUGAAAGGAGGACUGGCAGGCCUGUGGAACCUGAAUCUGAGUUUAUUAUCAAGAUCCAUGAUAUUAAUGACAACGAGCCAAAGUUUUCAAAGGAAACAUAUAUGGCUACUGUUCCCGAAAUGUCUGAUGUUGGUACAUCAGUAAUUCAAGUCAUAGCUACAGAUGCUGAUGAUCCUACUUAUGGAUACAGUGCCAGGGUGGCAUACAGUAUCUUACAAGGGCAACCUUACUUCUCCGUGGAAUCGGACACAGGUAUUAUUCGAACAGCUUUACCAAACAUGGACAGAGAAGCAAAGGAGCAGUAUCAAGUGAUCAUCCAGGCUAAGGACAUGGGUGGGCAGAUGGGAGGAUUAUCAGGCACAACGUCUGUAAACAUCACCCUCACUGAUGUCAAUGACAAUCCUCCCAGAUUUCUUCAAAGUGCAUACCAAAUGAGUGUCAAGGAGUCUUCCCAAGAAGGUUCUGUUGUUGGCAGAAUUAAAGCUUAUGAUGCAGAUAUCGGAGAAAAUGCAGAAGUAACUUAUCGCAUCAUCGACGGUGAUGGGAUGAAUAUGUUUGACAUCACUACAGACGAGGCUACACAAGAAGGUGUUGUUCUUGUGAAAAAGAUGUUGGACUAUGAGAACAAGAAAAACUAUAUCUUAAAGAUAGAGGCACUGAACAGUCGCCUUGACCCUCGAUUCCUUUACCUGGGUCCGUACAAAGACACAGCCACUGUGAGGAUUGCAGUUCAGGAUGUGGAUGAGCCCCCAGUGUUCAGUAGACCCUUUUACAUGUUAGACGUGUACGAAGACAUUGAUGUGGGGACUAUCAUAGGUACCAUAACAGCACAAGAUCCUGACGCAUCUCACAGUUUGGUUAGUUACUCUAUCGAUCGACAUACUGACUUGGACAGAUAUUUCAACAUAAACUCUGCCAAUGGAUCAAUUGUAACCUUAAAACCACUUGACCGGGAAGAAAUGCCAUGGCACAAUAUUACUGUGAUAGCGACCGAGACGGUUUUGGAAAAUUCAAGGCAAACAAGCCGCGUGCCAGUUCUAAUCAAAGUUUUAGACGUCAAUGACAACGCUCCAGAGUUUCCCGUGGUUUAUGAGACCUUUGUCUGUGAAAAUGCAAAGGCUGGCCAGCUGAUACAAACUGUUGGUGCUGUGGAUCAGGACUCACCACCAAGUGGAUCCAGAUUCUUCUUCAGCUUGGCUCCAGAAGCCGCUAACAAUCCCAACUUUACAGUUCGGGAUAACGAAGAUAAUACAGCAGGAAUUCUGACCAGGAGAGGUGGAUUUAGUCGUCAAGAAAUGAACACUUACCUUCUGCCUAUUCUCAUUUCUGACAAGGAGUAUCCCAUACAGAGCAGCACUAAUACUUUGCUAAUUCGAGUGUGUGCCUGUGACAAUGAUGGCACAAUGCAAUCUUGCAAUACUGAAGCUAUAAUCCUUCCUCCUGGUCUCAGCACUGGUGCUCUUAUUGCCAUUCUGCUGUGUAUCAUUAUUCUGCUCGUUAUUGUAGUGCUCUUUGCUGCCAUGAGAAAACAGAGAAAGAAAGAACCUCUCAUCAUUUCCAAAGAGGAUAUCCGAGACAACAUUGUCAGCUACAAUGAUGAAGGAGGUGGUGAGGAAGAUACCCAGGCCUUUGAUAUUAGCACACUGAGGAACCCAGAAGUAAUAGAAGACACCCAGUUACGCAGGGACAUAAAACCAGAGAACUUCCUUCUACCUCGUCCGGCCCCACCUGUACCAGAUAAUACUGACGUCAGAGAUUUCAUUAACCAGAGGUUAAAGGAGAACGAUACAGAUCCCGGAGCACCUCCUUAUGAUUCUCUAGCAACAUACGCCUAUGAAGGAAAUGGGUCCAUAGCUGAGUCACUCAGCUCCUUAGAAUCAGUUACCACAGAGACAGAUCAAGAUUACGAUUACUUGAGUGACUGGGGACCUCGGUUCAAAAAACUAUCAGACAUGUAUGGAGGAGAAGACAGUGACAGAGACUCUUAGCAAGGAAGAUCAUCUCUUUAAAUUCAGCUAUCAAAAAAAAGUGUUGCUGUGUAAACACAAGGGCCAUUUUUCAAAACCUAUCCCACUAAACAAACAUUUAUUGUAAACUGUUGGACUUUAUUCCAUAUAUUCAUGGUCUCAGAAUGGUUCCAGUGUGAAAAGUGUGUCAUUUACCCUUCAUUUAAUGAGCAUCCUCAAGAACCCGACUCAGUGUCUAUGGGAAUUUAUACAGUAAUUAUAUACCUAUCCUAGCCACUGAUGCACUAGUGGAGACACAAGUUAUGUUGGUCAUUCAGUUUCUCAUAUAGAAAUAUUUCACAGGUAAUACUGUCUACACAGAGGAAUAGAAAAUGUGUUAAAAUAGGGAUGUGCAUAGGGCAAGUUCUUAAAAAUGGCCUGAGGCAAAAUUUGAUGGUCUGGAAGAUCUAAGUUGGAACCAAGCAUUGGGUCACAGAUGCAUGGUUCUUUCUUUCAAGUUUGAAAACUUAUUUGUGCUACCCUCCUCCAGGAAGUAAGAAAGGACCCCCUGGGCUGUGAAAGAGGAAAACUGGAUGUUUGCAGGAGUGGUUAUACAUGUAACAAGUUAUGCCCAUCGACCUGAUUGUGAAAUACAUUAAAACGUGCAUCAAACCAACAUGCGUUUUCUAAAGAGGUGAAAGGUUCCGAGAGUCACACACGCGCCAUUGAACUACAAGACUUGGUCUAGUCAGAAACUCGCUGGAUUCAUCCCAGGUUUACAGCCUUAGACCCUAAAGCCUGCUGGCCAGCACAUCCCUUUGGUAAAAUUAGUGAAUUAGAUGUUUGAGCUGAACAUGUGGUUGAGUCAACUGUUUCUUUCACAAUGUACUGUACUGUAACUUAGAUUCAAUAUACACAGAUGUAUACAUAUUGUAUGCAGAGCUGUAUUACGUAGUGUCGAUGUGAAUCACUACAGGUGCAUCUUAAAACAGAGUUAAUCCGCUUGGUGUUGUUGACAGUUUGAUGCUGCAGCGGUUUUUAAGCUGCAUACGUUACCGUAACGAUACAUCGUUCCCUUUUACUUUCUUGUCUGAAACGUUGCAAAGCUUAAAAUCACUUCAGAACUUCGAAUUCCUGAGAAAGCGCCAGUGACUUAAGUUGCAACUGAGUGCAGUUACCUGUGGAUUGGAGGCAGCAGUGGUGCAGAACACACCUCCUGUGAUGCUGAGUAAAUUAUUACACUGAUUUGGCUCUUCAAUUCAGAAUAAUGCCUUACUCAGCACCACGAACAGUCAGCGUACGAUACACAUGAGGCAAAUUUAAUCAAGUCAUCCCAGAUAUGAAGCUGACCUUCCCUACAAGACAUUCUGAGUGAGAAUGAGGCAUUUUUACAUGCCUUCAGCAUUAUAAAGCCUUGUAAAAGAGAGAUGUAUUAAAGGGGUUCAGUCUGUGUAAUUAUCUAAGAUCAGAAACACCAUCUCAGAACUAACUUGUAUAUGUAAAAAUAUUUGCAGCACAGACAGUACAAGUGAGUGUUUAAGUAUGACAGUGCACUGUUCAUUCAUUGUUCAGUGCAAAUUCAUUAAAUUAUCUCUUGUAGCUUUAAAUUAGUCUGACUUCUGGGGGAAGGGUUAUAUAGCAACCAGAUCUCUAUCUCCAGUCAGACCUGUAUCUUAACACCUCAAAGCUACCUCUCCAUGAAGUAACUGGAAAGUUGCCUUGUUUUAACUAAGAUCAGCAAGCUCUCGCAUUCUGUGCUUUCGAUUUUUUACACACCACUGAGGAACAUGCUACUGAGAUCACAGGGAGGCGGUAGAGUAGUGGUAUUGUCACUGGGCUAGUAUUCCAGAGACCCAGUGGAA